UUUUAUUAAAGGGAGAACAAAAUAUUAUCCGAUUUCAUUUCUUUUUAGCACGGAGUGUUCUUUUCAUAUUGGAAGAAACAAAAAACUUUUUUUUUUAAAGAAAUGAUAUAAUUUCAUUCUUCUUUACAGAAAUUGAACUGAAAUUUAUACAAGUUUAAAAGUGUUAUCUUUUUGAACAUGGGGAUGAAUACGACACUCUUGCUAAUAAAUUGUUUCACAAUUUAUUUCAUGUUUGAGCUUGUCGGUGCUGAAAGAAAUGUGAGUGACAUUUAUCACAUGAACUUAAAAGUAUUAAGUGGAAGCAGAGAAGACACAGGUCGUUGCACGUCAAGAGAAGAUUGUAACUUCAUGGGUGUUUGUCGAGGUAACUUAGGAGAAGAGUAUUGCGACUGUUUUCAAGGCAUUAGUGGCAAAAACUGUGACAUCAUCGAUGAGUGCGUCGACAAUCCGGGCAUGUGUGGCAAUGACCCAGAUGUCUCCUGUGGAUUCCACCGGAAGAAGCGGAGGACCAUCUGCGAAUGUCUGACAUUCGGGAAGAGAUUCGACAUUCCCACUAAAACAUGUGUGGAUCGAAAGCCCUGCCAAACUUAUAAGGAGUGUUUUAACGGAGCAGACUGUAUAAAUGCUAAUUACGAUUACGAUGAAAAAGAACCUCAUUACUGUGAAUGUAAAUUCGGGACAAGUGGAGACUACUGCGAAAGAGUGGAAGAAUGUAUCGACAAUCCCAACUAUUGCGGUGAUGGAGGUGGCGUCAUCUGUAGGUAUAAUACAUAUCUGGAGCGAGCUUAUUGUCAGUGCAAGGACCAGAACCAGAGAUUUGAUUGGCCGCAAAAAAGAUGCGUCGAGCGAAAUAAGUGUCGGACAAACGAGGAUUGUUUACCUUUCGGUGUAUGUCACGAUAAGUGCACCAGAUGGGAACCCUGUCUAGAUUACGAACACAUUGAGAAGAAGCGUUCCUGCCACUGCAUUGAGGGCACCAGUGGAGAACACUGCAAAGUGAUCGAUGAUUGUCACAACAAGGUAGUGGACUGCGGCACGAGCGAUCACGUGACCUGCGACUACUACUACAACCACGGUAUAACAGCGUAUGCUUUCUGCAGAUGCAAAGAUCGCAAUCUGCUAUUCGAUCAUCAUGACAAACAAUGCAAGGUGUGCGAUUGUGGUGCUGGUGCAACAUCCUGUAGUUUCAGAGAUGGAGUGAAAACUUGCACAUGCCAUCGAGGACAUUACAACCACGGAGACAGAUGCGAAGAUUGCAACUGCGGAGAAAACUCGAAAGGAUGUACUUUCACAAAUAGUGAGAAAAUAUGCGUCUGCAAUCCUGGAUACAAAAAUGUUGGUGGUAUUUGCGAGUCGGAAUAAAUUUCUUGCUCAAAUCAUUCAAUAGAAAUAAAAUCAAUAUUCAUAAAGUGA